GCCGUGCGUAAGGACGGCGGGUCAGCUGACAGGCAUCCGCGCACCAGGAGGAAGGAGCGGAAUUAGCGGCGGUGUGAACUGGAAAGCCAACUGGAUCCGACACAGGCUAGAUCCAAGGCCGAGCGGGGGGAGCGAAAGACCGGCGGCGUCCGCGAAAGAACUCGGGAGGGGUUUGGGCUCACCAUGGCAAGUUGGGAUUGAGAAGCAGCCACAAUGAUUGGAGGACUGUUUAUCUACAACCACAAGGGGGAGGUCCUCAUCUCCCGUGUCUACCGAGAUGACAUAGGGCGCAACGCGGUGGAUGCGUUUCGUGUGAACGUGAUCCACGCCCGGCAGCAGGUCCGAUCGCCGGUGACCAACAUCGCCCGCACCAGCUUCUUUCAUGUCAAACGCUCCAACAUCUGGCUGGCGGCGGUCACCAAGCAGAAUGUCAACGCUGCCAUGGUGUUCGAGUUCCUCUACAAGAUGUGCGACGUCAUGACGGCUUACUUCGGCAAGAUCAGCGAGGAGAACAUCAAGAACAACUUUGUGCUGAUCUACGAGCUGCUGGAUGAGAUCCUGGACUUUGGUUACCCCCAGAACUCAGAGACUGGAGCGCUGAAGACCUUCAUCACCCAGCAGGGCAUUAAGGGACAGCAUCAGACAAAAGAGGAGCAGUCUCAGAUCACCAGCCAGGUGACCGGGCAGAUCGGCUGGCGUCGCGAAGGCAUCAAGUAUCGCCGCAACGAGCUCUUCCUGGACGUACUGGAAAGCGUCAACCUGCUCAUGUCGCCACAAGGCCAGGUCCUGAGCGCCCACGUGUCGGGCCGAGUGGUGAUGAAGAGCUACCUGAGCGGAAUGCCUGAGUGUAAAUUCGGCAUGAACGACAAGAUCGUCAUCGACAAACAGGGCAAAGGAGGAGCGUCUGAUGACGCGGGGAAGAGUGAUUUAGGGGGAGGAAGCGGGAAGCAGUCCAUAGCCAUCGAUGACUGCACUUUCCACCAGUGCGUGCGGCUCAGUAAGUUUGACUCUGAGCGCAGCAUCAGCUUCAUCCCUCCUGACGGAGAGUACGAGCUCAUGAGAUAUCGCACCACUAAGGACAUCAUCCUGCCGUUCCGGGUUAUUCCUCUGGUCAGGGAGGUUGGCCGCACCAAACUGGAGGUUAAGGUGGUCAUCAAGUCCAACUUCAAGCCCUCUCUGCUGGCUCAGAAGAUAGAGGUGCGCAUCCCAACACCACUCAACACCAGUGGUGUGCAGGUGAUUUGUAUGAAGGGAAAAGCCAAAUACAAGGCCAGUGAGAACGCCAUCGUCUGGAAGAUCAAACGCAUGGCCGGGAUGAAGGAGUCUCAGAUCAGCGCUGAGAUCGAGCUGCUGCCUACCAACGAUAAGAAGAAAUGGGCCAGGCCUCCCAUCUCUAUGAACUUUGAGGUUCCUUUCGCCCCGUCUGGCCUGAAGGUGCGCUACUUGAAGGUGUUUGAGUCCAAGCUGAACUACAGUGACCACGACGUCAUCAAAUGGGUGCGGUACAUCGGCCGCUCCGGCAUCUACGAGACCCGCUGCUAAGGUCGAACCCCCAUCAGGCAGCGAACAGACCACUCCCCCACCCCACUAUCUAUCCUGUUAAGAUUUUUUUCUUCUGUCCCUCCCCCCUACUUUGUCCUCUCUUGUCCCCUCGAUCCCGAUCAUCACUUCUCUCCCACCGCCCCCCCAUCACCCCCCCCCCCCCCCCCCCCUCCUAACUAGGUGUUGGAGAUUGAAUUUACAUUGUUUAAAAUAAAAAAGGAUUAAAAAAAAAAGAAUAAAUAUGGUAUAAUGCACAGAUAUAUGCAAAAUGUGAACCCAUUGUAUCGUAUAUAUCUCGUAGUGAGUCAAAAUGUAAACUGGUGUCCGAAAGAAAAAGACAAGUGAUGCGGGGGGGUCCUGGGGGGGGCUGGAGGCUUGAAGGGGCGCUCUGUUGCGUUUAUUCAGUGUUAUUGCUCCACGAUCUGCUCUCCAGUCACUGUAGAGGUUCUACGUUGUCCUAAGAGUUUCUCACACAAGAUGGUUUGUAGCUGUUGUGGUUUACAAUGAAUCCCGCUAUCGUCCCUUCUUCUCAACCUCUGUCUCAGAGUCCGCCCUUUAAAACAAUUGAUAUCUGAUCUGUUUUUUUGGGAAAAGUUCAUUUCAAUCGCAAUAUUUUCCAGUCAACAGAGCAAGAAAUAGUAAAGAUCCUUGUAUUUGUAUUUUCUCCGGUAUAUUCUUCAUUUUCUACCAUUGUUCCACUCUGCUACUCAGUCAAAGAAACGGUCGAAGAUCCAAA